GAUCGCGCAAGCAGCUGACUUCAGUCUGCCGCUCGCUUGGCUACGAGGCGGACGCACUUGCUCCACUCUGCUCUCUGAUCCAGUGCGCCUCUCCAGCUGGAAACCCGUUCGCGACCGCCGCGCAUGCGCCGCUUGUGUUUCGUAAUUGCGAUCGCGCCGUGUCCCAGUUUCUUUUGGCGUUCGCUUUUCAUUUCGUUGCGGUGGAAUCGCUGCUACUCCGCUCCGCUCUACUCUGCUCUGUUCCGCUCGUAUCGCUGUUGGCCAACCGAAAUGCCUCAUUGAGUUCACCGAGUGGCUCUCAAGCAGACAGAAGCCAAAGCAAGCGGCCAAGUGAUGUGCAAUCGACUCGAUCCACCGCCAGGAUUUUGUUUGGGACUAAGACAACAACAGCAUGAGAUCGCAUGUGGCCGUUUACAGGGCGCCAGAAACAGCAGCACCACCACAACCGCCGCCCAACUACGCUGCCCUGCGAUACCAUCAGCACCCGUUGACCCAUUGGCCCGGAAGCCAACAACAACAACAACAGCAGCAACAGCAGGCAGUUCUUCCGGCAUCGGGAUACCGACUGCAUCAUGGUCCUCCGGCUGGACCGCCACAAAAUUGGCCAGGACAGCCGACCGGAGGCUAUGGAGGAGUGGUCAACCAACAGCGGAUCAAUGAGUGCGCCGGCAUACCGCUCAUCUCGAACGCCUCCAGUCACUUGUCGCCCGCGCAGCGCCAGAGAUUGCUGAGGAAAUCUGCUCCGAAAACCUGUCCAACAUGGCCCCUUGGUGGCGCCACCAUGUCCCAGCUGGCGGUGCACGCCCAGGGCAUGCCGUUGCUGCAGCAGAGCGGCAAGCAGCAGCACCUCCAACAGCAGUUGCAGCACCAUCGGCCACAUCCACAUCCCCAUCAUCCGGUGUCGGCCAACUGGAGUGCCUAUCAGCCGAUGAGCAGUCAGGCAAACUUCAAGUUGGCGGACAAAUCGAGAGCCCUUCGUUACCAGAACUCGGCGCCACCAGUGCUCAGUAGCCAGGAGAAGCCAGCUGGUAAUACCUCCAGCCAAGAUCAGGCCACUUCUCCACCGGAAACCUGCCUGCCCAGGAUUAUCAAGCCGAGAAAGCGACGCAAGAAGGAUCGCAAGCCGGGCAAUGGUGUGCUGCUCAAAAUGGAAGGGGAUAUGCAGCCCAAGAUUACCAACCCGGAGGGUUAUCCCUCUGGAGGAGGAGGAGGAUCCUAUCACCUGCCACCCGGAAUACUGCAGCAUGAUCACACGCACGGAGUGUGCUUCUGCCGGGAAUGUGACCCACUGCGUUCCCUCUGGGAUUAUCCACUCCGGCGAUCGCUUUCGGAUGCCUCGUCCAGUGAACAGGGAGGCGGCAGCAGGGAGUCCUCCUCCUCCACCUCGUCCACGCACUCGGAUAGCUCCUGCGACAGCUCCAUUUGCAGUCAAAGCCUGCCCAUCAGCUCAUCAUCGGCUCUGCAGGAGGAGGAGACCACGGAGGAGUUCGCUCCCAUCACCGGCGACAGCAGUCGGGCGGAAAUAGUGGGUGUCAUCGGAUCGCAGCGAAGUCAUCCGAGUGCCGUGACCACGCCCUCUCAAUGCCUGAGCGACGAUUCCGGUUACGGUGACAUCCUGGGUGGCAUUAAUAUAGCCAACGAUCUGUUUGGCAAUUGCUUCAGAGGCGGAAAACUGGGCAACCACUCCUCGUCCUCGAUUUCCGCCCAGGCGGAGACGCUUUUGGAUGAGAGCCUCAACGAGAUAUCACGGAAACUAAUCGAGACCUGCAAUGCAAUCGAUCAGGCGGGAGUCUUGGAAUCGGAAUCGGAUUUGGGAUCGGGAUCGGGAUUGGGAUCGGGAGCAGCCAGCGACAGUGGCUUGGAUAGCGCUGGCAGUCACAAUUGCGAGUCGGCGGGCCUCGUCUUUAACUUUGAGCAUUUGAGUCUGACGGAUGCGACGCCCACAGCCUUGGAUUUUCUCGUGGAUUGCAACAAUAACAAUAGCAGCAGCUGCAGCGGCAGCAGCAACACCAAUAGUUUGGGCUUAAUGUGGCGCGGGGGAAGGCACCAGCCGUGUGCUGGUGGAGGUGGUGGUGGCAGCCACGAUGACAACCAAGUGGCAGCUGCCAAACUGAACCCAGACAGCCGGGCCACACCCACCACCAGGUUGAUACUGGGCACGGUGGGCAAGCUGAAGCCAGCGUUUUCCACCAUCUCGUGACGACGCCACGCCAGUGGAAAAACUAAUCAAAAACCGAGAACGAGAAAGCAACAACAACAAAAUCACACAGCCAAGAAGAAAAAUGAGAAAUACUGAGAUACUGAGGAGAUACUGCGGCCCAGAAAGUGGCUCAUUUUGCGACGAUUUGGAGAAACGUGAGACGAGAUAACGAUGCGUGGGCGGCUUUUUCGAUCGGGGAAAAAUGUAAAUCGGCUGAAAGCAUUUUAAAAUCUUUCUACCCAACCCAAGUUGCGCAACUCCAGCGAACGAUGUCGUUGGAGAAAGAAGAAAACCCAUUAAAUGGAUACAACGCACAUGUGAGACGAUCAUCACAUCAUCAGCGUGAUCAUCAUCAUCAUCUUGGCGAUCGAAGCGAAAAAACAAAAAACAAAAGGCCAACAAGUUGACCAAAUGGGCGAAGAAGGCAGGCAAAGUUGGAAACUACGAUCCCCGGCUAAAUGGAAACUUAUAAAAGACAAGCCGGGGAACUGGAAACCUUGUACAUACCGCACAUACACACUACGAAUCUGAAUCCGAAUCCGAAUCCGAGUCCAAGUCCGACAUCCACUUCAACUCAACUCAACUUCAACUUCAACUUUCACUUUCACUGCGGCGGCGGCGGCGGCAGCAGCGUUUUGUAUAUCUGUAUUUUUUUUAAGGCAUUUUUCUUUUCUUUUUCUUUUUGCCAAGACCACAAAUGACGGAGCUGCGGGUGGGGGACUUACGGGAAGGGUGCGACUCCUAUGCAGAUUUUGUGGCGCAAAAAGAAGAAGAAAUUGUAGAAAUCGCGUAGAGAUACGUACACAGAGAUGUGAACCCUAGAGAUACUUUAAUCGUACCCAUAUACAUAUCUGUAUCUACCAUAUACUUACAUUUAAUUGUUGUUGUUAUUUGUGCAUUAACGUUAACCCAUAGGGCCAAAAACCUCUCCAAUCCAAUGCAUCCCAAGAUCUGGGACUUUUUGUUUGAUGCCGAGGAGAGUCCGCGUGUUAACUUUUAUCUUAAGCAACGUUCCUACAUGUUAGUUGUGUAUCUCUAUAGUUUUUGGGUUCUGUUUUAUGUUAUCUGAUUAGUGGGUUUGGUUUUUACUUAGUCCGUAAUCCAUGCGCUACAACGUGAACUUUUUAGUCGAUAAGUUUCUUAUUAAGACCUAAUUUAUCCUUAGAUUGGGGGACACAAACAGAAAGGAUCUCUAGUGGCUUUUAGCAAUGUUCUACUAGUUAUAAAUGCAAUGCGUUUCAAAACGAAGUAAAUGUAUUCGCUUCAUACUCAUUGAUUAUUUUCUUUUCUUUCUAAUGGUAUCUUAAAUCGGAAAUCAGUUUCAAAAUUGAAUUACAAUAGUUUCGAAACGCAUUGCAGCACUGAACUGACAACUCAUUCGUUCGUUCCGAUUGAAUAUUCAUAAAUUUCAAGUGAGAGUUUCAUUCUCAGUUUAACCAUGGGCGAUCGGUAUCAUCGUAUCAUGUUAUAUCUUCGAAUUAAGAUUCACAUUUCCCGCUUGUCUGCAAUUUGAGGCGCAUAAAACAGCCGAAAGAAGAUCUGGUGCACAAUUAAUUCCAACAGAGAUCAGCAAGCAUAAAAUCUAAAUCUGAAAAUCGAGAGCAGCCCUAGUUACCUGCUUACUUCUUACUUGUUGUAGUUGUUGGCGAGUAAAAGUUUUCGCCUUUUUUUAAUUAAAAGAAACUCACGAACGCGCAGCUCGCGCGCAGAAAUUGCUUGAAGUUUUCCGCUCUGCUCGACUCCGGCUCGAAGCUCGACUUAACUUGGCUCGAAUCGUGUUGGCUGAGAGCAGAAGCAGUCUCAGCAUCGCGAGUCGCUGGAAAAUGUCACAGAUUUUCCAUUGGCAGGUUCCGGCAGACAGUUUGUGUUACCAUUCCCCAGAUAGAAAUUACCACUCGAAGCUAAUUUAUUUAAUUAAUAUUUUCACUAGCUCGUAUCGCAUCGUAUUGUAUCGUAUUGUGUUCCCUCUCGUAUUGUACUAUUGUAGUGUUUUGUUCGUUCGUAAGCAUCGUUUUUGCACAAAUAACAAUCCUAUAGUUAACCAACCAACCCAUCAUCAAUACCACACUUCAUUUGCUUGUAACCCACACACGAAAAGAACACAAUAUGGCCAACUUAUUUAUUUUGAUUAAGCCCGAACGAGAGAACUCAAUAAAAAGUGUAAACAAAAAUGUCAAACAAAAAGAACUUGAUUGCUGUUUUGAUAGCCCCAAAAAUAGGUGUUGAAAUAACGCAGAAGCCGAACGAGAAAAGUCCGAAAAACGAAAAGCAAACCUCCAGCAUCUAAUGAGGCACGUUUGAGCCGGAAAAGCAAACAGAAGUCUGCGUUUUCUAGGCCUAACCCUUCCUCAAAAACCAAAAAAACCCCGAUGCACCACUCGAAAAUGAACUUUCCAAACAUUGGCAGUUGGCUUUGGAGGCCGCUGCACAGAUUUCAAUUACCGAAAGCCCAAGUGGGAACCUUUCACCUGGGUGAAUCUUCUACUGCUUCUUCUGCUUCUGAUUUGCCGGCUUUCGCAAAAGAUGAAGAGGAACCAGAAAAAAAAAAUUACAAAAAAAAAAGAUUAACCGCUGUCAUAACCGUAACCGGCAAAUUUAUUUCUGGGCAUUUUGUGCCCGUCAUUAGGCUAAUUAAUGUCUCCAUUUUAGGGCCUCAUUUGGAGUUCUAGCCGGGCCAGGCUAACUGCUUGUUAAGUCGGCUUCUAAAAGACGCCAGACUGCCGGCCAUUAGGGCUUCAUACUUCUCUUCUUUCGCAAUACUGAAUGAAACCUCUGGAGGUCCGCUGCUCCAAGUUCCAAGUUCCAAGUUCCGAGCUCCAAGAUCCAAGAUCCAAGCUCCGCACUCCGGACCCGGACAAACGGACGAGCGCUGAGUGGGUCAGUGGAUAAUUGGGUCAUUUGCAACACUGUUUGCGCCAUCGGCCACCAUCUAGCACCAGCAAACCACCGCACCACCGGAGCACCACCACUGGCCAACAGCGGUGGCUAAUGUGUUUUGGCUACGUCAAUAAAUGCGUCGCGUUGCUUUUGCUUUUGCCUGUUGCCUGUUGUUGUUGUUGCUUUUGUUGUAGUUCUCAACCAUAUAGUAUGGAUGAUAUAGCCGCUGGCCAACGAAGCGGAGCCAUCUUUCUUGGCUGCUUGUUUUUCUUAUUUUCCUUUUGGCCUCUGAAGUUUAAUUGUUUUUCCACACCUUCUCUAGCUGCGGGUACUUUAAAUUUGUCGUUCUAUUUGCAGAGCUUUUCAGACGAUAACCUUUUGACUUCAAGAACCCCAGAGGUCAGUGUUAUAGAAGUCGGGGAAGACCUAAAAAGGUUUAAUAGUUAAGAAGUGUUUUGAAAUUGAAGAAAGUAUAAGGGAAAUUAUUGAAUAGGGAUAGCGAUUAUAAUAUAAUUGAUAAGUAUUUAAGAAUCUUAUAGUUUCACAGUUUCUGGGUUUUAUAAAAGGGGAUCUUAGGAUCUUAGGGGAAGGAUGAUACUAUAAUUCUGCACUAAAUAGUAAUAGAAAAGUUUUAGAGGGUACUUAUUUGUAACCAAAGGAAGAUAUUACUUAUUCUGCUUGCUACUUCUGUGAUUUUUCAGUUAGGCUCGCUGUUCUCCAUCCUCCAUCUCCAUUUCCCCCACGUUUUCCUGUCAAUUGGCUCUGCCGCUUUUCCAGUUGACUUUUUCUUUGGCCAGAAAUUAGCAUUUCGCCAUGAAAUUGAAAGUUUCGUUUUCCAAUUAACUUGGCCAGUUCAGUGGGCCACACACUCACUGGCCGGUAGUUCGUCAUCAUCAUCAGCAUCAGCAUCAUCGCUGUCCGUUGGCGUUGCCCAAGUUCCUAUCUCAACUUCCUCUGUACAGAGGUACAAACAAAAAAAGCGGUUAAUCCGAAUAAAGGCCAAAUGUCUACGAAAAAGGUUACGCAAAAUGUCAAACAGUUAAGAAUCCAACUCCUAACGGCCCCAAAUGUCAUUAUUACAUUUAUUCUCCACUUUUAAUGCCGUCUGCUCGUUCGCUGGGUCGUCUUAAGUUGGCUGCCUCGCUUUUUGUCGGCCGUCUCGUUGAUUUUCUUUUCAGCCGUUCUCGCGUCGACUUGGCUGUGGAUUUUCACAGACAAUUGCAGUUAGCACAGCUACUUGUCUGGCACAUUAGCCAAAGUAUUCCACACUAUUCAUGAGCCACUCGAAGAAAGAUGAAGGGCUCCACUUUUUGAAUAAUUUGGCGGCGGCGUAAAAUUUGUAUUCAUGUUGAGCAAUGUGUAAAUUUGAUUGUUUUCGGAGAUAACAGAAACAGAAGAAUUCAUUAAUUCGUUCCCCUCUCCGAUUUUAGUUGAAAUCGGAGGCAUUUUAAUUAUUUCAGUGGGAACUAAAGUUGAACUAAAAUUUGGCACGCAAAACUAUGGUUAAAUUCAAUUAAGAUUUUAGGAAUUUAAGCCACACAAUUUUGUAAGAAAGUUCCAAUUUGUUGUUACUUAACGCUUCUUCUGUUGAAAAACCUAAUGGGGUCACUGAAGAAAUGUAAGAAAGUCGGAGUUACAGAACCGAAAGUGUGUCAGUAUUACCUAACCCGAGUUAAUUGGGUUGCUUUUUACUGCGAUUCCUAUCGAUUAUCGUGCUUGAUUAGGUCACAAGUGGAGAUUGCAAACCCUCGGGCAGAAGAUUGCCAUUAGAACGCAGAGUAAGCGAUUGGGCUCACCGCAUCUGACCACUCAUCCAUCUCAUUGUCAUUAUGCUGGCCAUUCAUAUUUACUACCUAGUAUAUAUACUAUAUAAGCCAAGCUCUCGCAGUGCGUGGCUGCAGCUCGAAAUGAUGAAAUCAUUUCCCGGACAGAGGAUUUAUGGAUGGGGUCUAAUGUCGCCUGUGACGUAAACCCCAGCGGAAAGAAAGAAGAUGCACCAUCGAGGUUCGCUGGUAGCCCAUAAAUCAAGUGGACGGAGAGCGGCUAAAGGGUCGGAUCGGUGGUGUUAAGUCUUAACUCUUUCUACCAUUUGUGAGCGGCUUGUGCUUCAUUUACUGCUGCUGUAUUAUACUCUAAGAAAAGGUUACUACCCUAUAUUGGAGUAAGUAGGUUAAGAAUGCAGAACUUUACCUUAUUUUUACCAUUAAAAAUAAAAUUUCUUACUUAGCUCUACUAUAUUUCUGAUUCAGUAUGAACGACUGAUGAUUUAUAGAUAAAAGAAAGAAUAAUUUUUAGCAGUUUUUAUUUCCUAUUUAAUCUUGAUCUUGAACUACUUUUCACUCGGGAUCCUAUGAAGUAUCUAUCAUAAUAAUCAUAAUCACUGUGUCUCCGAUCUGAAAGCUUUCAAUUUAAAAACCAUCUGCUAGAGUGUUUCGAUCUUCAAACUUAAAAGCGGUCUUUAACUUCUUGUUGUAACUUAUUCUUCAUCGUUUUUUUUUGUCCGCUCACGAAAUGAGCACAACAUGAAUUAAUUUUUUCUGUUUCUGACGGUUUUUUUUCCUCCGUUUGCCACUCGCAGUGGCAGUGGCCCACCGUUGGCUGUACAAAUUUAGCCGCUCUAUGUAGGUUUAUAACUCGAGUCAAGACUCAAGACUCGAGACCCGACUCGUCUGAGCUUUAUUGUUACUGUUUGCUGCUGUUUUUUCUGUUUUUCUGGCCGAUGACGAUGGUGUUGUGUGUGCUGUGUGUGCAUACGAUGCUGCUGCUGAUGCUACGACUGCCAUUAUUGUUGUAACUGUUACCUAAUCGUUUAAUUGGCUUAAGUCAGUUGAUCUUUUUCCCCUCUCUCGUCGUCGCUUUAUUAUGCGUUUUCUUGCUUUCGGCUUUUAUUUAAUUCAAUUUUUACGACAACUUUGUGCUUUGUAAUGCAUUUUAAACGCAUCGCGGCGUCAUCGAUUCCCACCACAACGUUUGCCGAUUUAGUGGAGCAUGCCGAAUUAUAAUGUGGGAAGAGGAAGUGGAGCGAUGAAAUACGAGUACUCAGAGGGUCAUCGACUCACUGGUUACCCUUUGAAGUGCGAUUUGCAAUAGAAAAUGUGAAUUAAAUUGUAGUUAAUUUAAAACCAUUUAAGACUGUACAAGUGCAUUGCAAAUAAUUAUAAAACAAUUUGUAAAAAAACUUAUAGAAAGAAUUAUAAAUGAUCUAUUAAUAAACUUUGUUUUGGUUCUUAAAUUUCUCUUAAAAAUCUUUUUUUAUAUCUACGCAGAACCAUAGAUUUAUGAGUUCAAAUCUCCUUCAUUUCCUGGAGAUUAUUUAUUGUAUGGCUUGCCCAUAAGUUAGUGCUCCAAAUAUUGUUAACCCUUUUGGCCAAUACAAUAUACCCCGGCUUUCGCUCCGUUUACGUAUCGUUGUGUAUGACAAAACGGCCCCAAACAACUGAAAUGGUUUAUUUAUAUAGCGAAACCGGUAUUUAUAACUGCAAUUGGGAGUGAAGAAGCAGCCGCUCCGCUCCGCUCGCCGAUGAUGAUGAUAUUAGUGCCAAAAAUUAUAAUAGUGUUGCGAGGGCAAUAACAAAGCAGCCGAUGAUUUGGGGCCGGUGCCGCCAGGAACCCCGCCCCCUCCCGCCUCUUUUGUCCGCCUCUGUGAAUGCUAACGGUUAUUUCGGUUACGAAAUGUUAACUCUUUUUUUUUUUUUGGUCGGGUUUUAUAUUAUUUUGUGCUUUGUCAUGGCGAAGCUUUUUCCGUUUUUAUUUUCAUUGCUUGUUGGGCUGAUUCGUUCGUUUUUUUCUUGUUUUUUUUUUUUUUUUUUUUUUGUGGGGUAAUUCGCAUAAUUGGCCCAUAUUUCUUAUAAAUAUGCACCAGAAAUCGGAAAUGUUUUUCAUCUGGUCGCGUCUCGCCUUUAUUGUUAUUGUUAUUGUUUUAAAUGCGGAAGUGAGUGAGCUUACAGCCUGUUUUCGUUUCGUUUUCGUUUGAGUUUUCGUUUUGCCGGUUGUUUCAUUUUUUUUUUUUUUUUGGCCGGGUUUUUUCAGUCUUAUCAAGGUUGUUGUUGCGUAAAAGGAAGUGCAAAUGGUUAGAAAGUUUUAUGGCCAGGGAAUAGGCCGAACUGCACUGGGAAAAAAAUCAAGUAUUUCCUGCUCAAGACCCGUCAAUGCGAGUCAGCGAAAAUAAAACAAAAAAAAAAAAAAACAAAAACAAAAAGAGCACCAUCCAUGUUGACUGCGAUUUCUCUAUACAGUCAUUUUUAGUGUUUAAGAAGCCAUUCUUAAUGGAACCCCUCACGAAUUUUAGCACUUCAUGUCUUUAAAAGAAGCUCACUUAUCCAAUAUAUCAGUUUAACUAGACUGCUUGACCGAGUAAAUCUCUCUGUCUUCUGGGCAAAACGAUUUGAAGGGGUUAAUUUAUUAGUUUCUGAGAAUGGUGAAAUUUGGAGAAGAAAUUGAGCUCUAAAAAAAAUUAUAAUAUAGCCAAAAAUGUUGAAUUUAUGAAUAUAAAAUGUAGGCAAUCUAGGAAUGUUGUCAUAUUUAACUUUAUACUUAUUUAACACAAAAGACAUGUAUAUUGAUAAAGUUGUUAUGUUUUAAUUGAAGAGACAAGUUUAUAUGACACCUAUAAGAUUAUAUGUAGGUUCUUACUGACUUCUGGGGACUUUGAUCGUUUAGAAGUCGGUAAAGGUUGCUUAAAUGACUCUUAUUCCUAUUUCAGUUUUAUUUUCUAAUAAACUGCGAGUAGCAUUUAUUGUUUGGGGCCUGCAAUUAAGUAAAGGAUGCCUUAAUUACAGUGCAGAUCUUUGUUACGAAGUAAUCAAUUUGCAAGUCUGUGGAUGUCUUUUCCUUGGGGAUGUCUUUCUGGAUGGUUAGAUGGAUAGAGGAACGGAUGAAUGGUUGGUUGGUUGGUUGGUUGGUUGGUUGGAUGGAUGUCUGACUGGCUGGAUCGGAUGGCCCAUUGCAGGCUGUGUCAAUGUCAGCAGGCAAAAGGCAGUCGGCAGUAUGCAGUAUACAGUAUGCAGUAGUAAGUAGUCAGUAGGCAGUUGUCUCGUCGCCGCUUUCCAACUGCGGGAGAGAGAAAGUACCCGAUUGUGACUGCCACUGCCACUGCGACUGCGAGUGCGCGCAAAGAUUUAAAAGUGGAUCAGCGAAAGAAAAAUAAACGUAACCAAGCAGCGUGCGGCAUUGUUGGCCGAUCGCGUGAGGCAGAGCCCCUGCCUCCUACGAAGAUGCUGCCACAGCCUGCCAGUCUCCCAGUCUGCCAUUCUGCACUUGGAGAAAAUGGGUGUCCGAUCACAGCGAAAGUGCUGCUAUCUUAUCACAAAACAUAAUAAGUUUGCAUAAAUCUUGUUUUUGCUGGGAAAAUGUUUAAAGUCUUUGAAGUUAUGAAAAGAUUUUACUUUUUCUUUCAACAUACUUACAAAACAAAAGCAAUAGCUAAUUAAGAUAUUAUCAUUAUGUGCAUUUUUAAGAUAGUUGGUUAUCAUUUUACGUGGAUAUUAUGGCAUAUAUUUAAAGCCAUAAUAUAUAUAAAAAAAAGUUUUUUAUUUUUGGAAAUGUUUUUUUUGUGUGUCUAGUAGCUCGACGAAAAGAAAGCCCACGCCAGUCUGCGCCUCCAACUGCCAAUGGAGCUUCGCCUUGCCGGCGUAGCUGGUGGAGAUGGGGUGCUCCUCCGAUGGUGGAGCUGCUGCUGCUGUUGCCACUCGUCAUCCGCUCGCCUGUGCAUAAUCACUGUGCGCGCACAUUUUCAAUUGAUUUUCCAUGUGACGCAGCACAAUUGGAGUCUUUUGAAUAUGGCGCUCACGAUCCGAGCCGCGAUCUGUGAAACCCGGCAAGAAAUGCAGCGGCCAAUGCUGUCCAACUGGUUUCCCACACGCACAUAUGUGCAAGGAAACCCACAUUUGUGGGCAAGCGAAUAGGGAUUCAGAGGGGGUUUUUCACUCAUUAAACAAUUGCCCAUCUCCAAUCACUUCUGAGAGGUAAAAGCUCUCAAUUUAAUAUUUAACUACCAGCUUUAGUUCCUCUAAUUUCUGCAAUAAAAUUCGCCAUAAAUAAAUCAAUUUGCUGGGGAUUGUUAAAUUUAUGUUGAGCUUUACUUUCUACACUAUUAUAUUGGCCGCAUCUGUGCUUUGUGCCUCUGUGGAUUGGAGUGCCUGGAGUGCACCUUAAAUUGUGUUUCAUUAUUAUGAUUUUAAUGCCAGAUUGUCUUAAGUGGAGGCAUCGCAUCGACGGCAACUGAAGUGGACUGACAACCAAUACCAGUCAGAAACCUGGUGAGCAACUGGCAACUGGCAACCAGCAACCUGCAACUUGCAACUUGCAACUUGCGAUUGCUGAACGCCAUUGAACAUUGGCAGUCAAUUGCUGCUGCUGCUGCUGCGAUCAAAUCGAAUCGCGAGCGAGGAAAAACUGGUGCAAAUGAAACAAGUUAUCUAAUUGCACUGCUCCAAGUGCUCGAAGAAGUGUGGCAAGUGGCGAGUUGACUUUUGUUUUCUAUUCGGAGCAGGCCUCCAAUUCGAUAGUUCCCCUCUUUCCCCCUCCCCCCCAAAAAAACCAACGUGUUGUGCAUACGAAAUUGUUGGCCAAUACAACACACACACACACUCACCACACACCAAAACAACAGGCUCUGCAUUGGCCUCUUGGCGUUUUUAAUCGCACCAAAUUUCAAUUUGAAUUUCACUUUCUUUUUCGAUACGCUCACUUGGGUUUUUGCCUUUCGAACUUUUGUUUGUUGUCUUUGGCUCUGUUUUUCUGUGUUUCUCUCUUCUUUUUGGAUUCCGCUAUUGUGUUUCAUAUCGUUUCUUUUUGUUUUCAAAUGCAGCAAGCAGCGACCAUGAAAACUACGGAUAGAAAGGGCUUUCUAGUGGCGCCCGCGGAGGGAAGCAGAUUAUGAAGAGCGCGGGGGAAAGGUGGUGAAUCAGAGGGGGAUCGGUGGGAUUGGUGGGAGGAGCUACGGAAAGGCAUAUAGGCCGACACGAUAUGGCGUGACAUCGGGCUGCUAGGCGAAUAUUGAACCGUCGAAUGCCACUUUGAGUUUACCGUGUCAAGAGAGAGUAAAAAUAAUUGAUAUGCAUCCAUUAAGCAGCAAGCAAUCUUGAUUGCGCGACAUUGGAAAUUUAUGAGUGAUCGUGUUUGUAGAACUGAGCAAAGGAUCGAACGAAGUUUUCAGUCUAUGGAGGAAAAGUAAGAGGCCAGUCGAAUUUUAUUAGGGUUGUUAAUGCAACUGUCUUUAACCUUCUAUAACAUUAUUUACAAUAUUUUAAGAUGGCUUUACUUAUACACUUUGUGUUGCAAGAGAUUAGCUAAAAACUACUGGCAAGCAUAAAAAGUAGAGCAAGCAAACAUCUCCCAAUUACCAUAUAAAAACCUGUUCUCGUUUUCACUUUCAUUUCGGUAAUGAGCAUUUUCAUAAGUAGUUCUCCGGUUUUAUCUUAGGAAAGUAAAAACGUUUAUGCAUUAGAAAUAUUGGCUUUUAGAUAAAUAAUUUAAAUGGGGUUUGUUAGUAAAAUUGGCAAAAUUGUAGAAAAAUUGUAAUAAAUGUAGGUAAUUAUCAUAAAAUAUUGGGGGUGCCUUAAUGCACAUGAAAUUAUAGAUGUAAAGUGGUACAACUUUCCACUGUAACUUCCCCUUAACCAAAUCCACGAUUCCAAUCCAUCUUCCCCCAGAAGCGGCCAAAAUAAAUAUGGCACGCUUCGCUGGCUGAACAAAUUUGCUUUUAAGUUUCGUUGAUCGCUUUGUUUUCCAUAGUGUUUUCGAUGUGUGUGCCUUUUGUUACACCUGUCCAUGGGGUAAUCACUCACAAAUUCGGUGAAAUUAUUUACCAUGCGUUCGUUCCAUUCAGCGGAUGGGAGUUUUUCAACUCGAGUGGGUGCGUGGGUGUACGUCGAUGGGUUUUGUUGUUUCGUAACUCCAGCCAACACUGAACACUGAACACCGAACACCUUUAACCCACCAAUGAUGAGGAUGGGACACCCCACUUGCUCACAACAGAUGGCAUUGAGUUUGCUGUCUAAGUCUUUUGUUUGACGUUUUGUAAUUCAGCUUUUUUAGUUAAUACUUACACUUCAAACACAACAAUCAUUCAAACACGAGUUACGUUUGCAUUUUUUUUGUAUUAUAAAUCCCUUUCUCGUUUCGGUGAUUCAUUUGCUUGCGCCUUCUGUAAUUUUCGUUGCGCCGUUUCAAUUAAAUAACCAUUUGCAUAAUAAAAGAGCAACAAGACUGCUGGAUCCUAAAAACGAAUUGUACAAUUAAAAUGCAAUCAAAGCUGUGUUAAUGUAGUCAUUAAAGGCUGUCAGCAAAAAUCCAAAAAAAAGAGAAGAGAAAGAGACAGAGAAAGAGAAGCACAGCCGAAAAAAAAAAAACAAAACAAGGCGCAGACAGAAACAAAAUUAUGAAAAAAAAAUCACAAAAUUUAUUAAAAAGUGAAAGUUUUUAGUCGCCGUCGCCCGUUUGCACAAAAUUACCAGAGGGAAAAAAGAAAUGCAAAAACAAUCAACAAGUCAGCGAAACAAAGCAAAACAAAUCGCCAAGAGCCCAGCUACCGCUUUUCUGUGAGAGCGAGCGAGAGAGAGACACAGAGAGAGCAGAGCAAUCCAGUGAACCGCUGUGUCGUCCAGCGGAGCGAUUAAGUUCCACAAUCCCAUUGCCAUAGAAUCCAACUACCGACCGAUCGCAAAGCGCUGAGUUUAUUUUCCAGCCGUGGCUCCCACAUCGCUGCGGCAUUAUGUUG